ACAAUGACUGAAAAUAAUAUUAAUUCUGAUGUUAACAUCUCAACUAUAAUUAAAGAAUUUGCUAAAAUGAAAAUUAAUGGGAAUAACCAUGAAUCUCAAAAUAUUAAUGAUGCAAUAUCUAGUAUUGUUAGGCAAGUAUCGGGUAAAAAAAUCUGGAUCUCUCUUCACCGAUUAUUGGAGAUAGUGAAACCUGAGAUUCAGCAAGAUAUUAUAAACUCAAUAGCAAAUCCAGAUAUUUCUCGAAGAAAUCGUACAUCAUGUAAGAAAAUUUUAAGAGACAAAGCUGAAAAAAACUAA